GGCAACCAGUGCAAGCAUUAGAAUGAAAGUGUUUAUCGCAAUCGCUGCCCUUCUGGCCGUGGGCAUGGCUGCCCCGGCACCAGCAACCGAGCAGACUGGAGCGUUCGGCAUGAUGGCCAAGUACUUCGGUUCCUGUCUGGAAAGCGAAGACAUGGGCACCUGCUUUGCCGUCAAGGGAAUUACCGCACUGAACCGGGCAGCUCGUGCCGCCAACAUUGAACUGGCUCCUGGUGUCACUUUCGCAAGAGACCCAUCGGUACCGGCUGAGCGCACUGGAAAGGCCAUCUCGGAGAACGAGAUCGUCAACACGCUGCCAGCUGAUUCGGAACAGAAAACGGAUGCCCUGUUCGAUCUGGCCAUUGACUCUGCCAAGCGUUUGUUCAGCGCCCGCUCGAUCCAGUUCAAGCUGCCCGAGGAGACGACCGAGACGAUCGCCCGUUCGCUGGAGGAAGGUAGACUGCUGAAGAAAGGCAAGAAGCUGAAGAAGGUCCUCGGCCCGCUGGUUCUCGCUCUCGGUGGUAAGCUGUUUGCCCUGCUGCCCCUGUUCCUCGGUGCCGUCGCCCUGCUGGCCGUGAAGGCACUGCUCGUCUCAAAGGUCGCGUUCGUGAUGGCUGCCGUGUUGGCCGCCCAGAAGUUCCUCGGCGGUGGUGGCGGAUCUCCGCUGAACCUGCUGUCCAAGGUCGCUGGUGGAUCGUCGGGCGCUGUGGUCGGUGGUGGUGCGUCGGCCGGAGCUGGCGGAUGGUCGUCGGGAGCUAGCGCUGGUGGCUGGUCCAACACUGGUGCUGCCUCGGCUCAGUACCCGUACGCUCGCAGCUACGACACCGCUCAGGAACUCGCCUACAGUGCGCAGGCUCCGUCGCAUUGCAAAGUGUCGUCCGUCCGUACCGUGUGUGUCACAGUGCAGUUUCUGUAUCCUUUUCCGCCAUCCAAAAUGGUCGCUAAGCGUUGUUUCCUGGUUGCCGCUCUGGCUGUGGUUGCAUUCGGUGCGGUGGCGCACGCCGAAACGAGCAAGGAAGAAUCGGCCAUGAUCAAUCUGAUCAACGAGAUCGACAAUGAGCCACGGUUCCCGCUGUUUGGUGGGCUGGCCGUAGAGCGCUCGAACGAUUACGAGGUCCGUGCUUUCGGUGCCCGUUCGAACGAGGACCUUGCCGAUCGGGCGGUCCGCUACCUUGCCUCGCACACUCUUAAGUUCAACGUGCCUUCGGAGGAGAACACCGUCGAAGAAGCUCGCAGCAGCCGUCUGAAGAAGAUGCUUUUGCCUCUGCUGCUGGCAAUGAAGCUGAAAAUGGCCGUUGUGCUGCCAAUCCUGCUCGCGAUCGUGAAAUUCAUCUCGCUGAAGGGUCUGAUCGCCGGUCUGAUGGCUCUGAAGUUCUCCAUCUUCACCGUCCUGAAGGAUUUGUUCCAGAAGAAACAGGAGCGUGUGACCACCGCUUACAUCACCAGCGCUCAGCCCGUGAACGCCGAGAUCGUCCACCAGGACUGGAACCGCAAUGGGCAGGCUGCGGCUCACGAGCUUGCUUACGGUGCUUACCCGUACGCUACCCUAGCAUAA